AUGAGCACCAGUAUUUACUUUGUUCUGCUUUUAUUCUGGCCAUUAAUUCUUAGUUUGUUUUAUUAUUGGACUGAUUUAUAUGUGAUUAACCUAUGUGAAAUAGAUAGUUGUCCUGUGUGUUAUGGAGAAGACUUGUGCCACAGAAUUGAAAACAAAGAAUUUCAUUUAAGAAUGAGCUCCAUCUUGGAUUUUGUAUAUAAUUUUAUUAGUGUAAAGAAUGUAUAUUUUGCACGCUUUAAUGAUAUUGAUGUUGUUAUAAAAAAGUUAGCUCACCAAAGUGAUUUAAAUAGAGUGAAUCGCAAAAUGAUAGAUACAAUUGAUAGUGAUUUGACCCGGGUGAACUUUCUAGUGAAUACAGUUAAACGCGAUUUUCAGGUAUGUGAUUCUGAGUCGGCGCAAACUUUUUUAGAAGUGAUACAAUUCAAGAAAUCAUCACAUCUUGAUACUUUAUUAAGUGUAAAUGUAGAACCACUUUUAAUGGAAGUAUUUCACAAAAAUUAUGGAUUUCCCGUGCCAAAAGUGUACGGCUACUGUGGCAGAGCUGUUAUAGUUGAAAAUUGUGGAGAAACAUUGAACAAUUUUAAAAAUAUUGACUGGUAUGAUCGAGCCUAUAUUGCCUAUGAAAUACUCCAUGCAGCCAAUUUAUUUGUAUUUGAACAUGAACAUUUCAGAUUAUAUUUAAAAGAUAUCUCUCCAGACAAUAUUGUAGUAAAUGAGGAAACAUUGGAAGUAUGUUUUGUCGAUCUGGGACACUCAAUUUUAAAAAGGAAAUCUGCAUCUGAUGAUGAAAUACAUAUAUCAAAUGCAUAUGAGGAUGGAGUUUAUCAAUUUUCAAAAGACAGCAUAUGUGAAAAGGAUGUUAGUGACCAUAAUGUAUUUUCUGUUUGUGCGCUUCUCCUUUCAAAGUAUGCGCCAUGGCCCAUGAUGCAUGGUGGACUUUUACAUUCGGCGCCUGAAAAUCUAACGAGGCACCAAUUGUUCGAGCAGAUUCGAGCUUGUGAAGGGCGGGUACAGAACAGAAAUUUGACGCACAGAAUUAUUCAUAGCUUUAACAUUAUGAAGUCCAUAAGAUCUAUCCUUUUACCUAGAAAUACGUCCCGUUAUUACAAAAUUUGGGAUUAUGGAAAUUAAAGUGUUGAUCAAUAAUUAUGUGAUUUUAUGUAUAUAUGUAUUUAUAAUAUAUCUGCAAAAUUAAAGUAGUUUAUAAUUUAAUGCUUGUUCUUAUUUCUUUCUUACAUAUUUAAAUUUAAUGUAUGCUUCUUGGUUAGUUGUAUUUGUUUUUUUU